AUGUAUCACCCAGUGACUUUCGUCAUUUCUCUCGCGCUCGUUUGGUCUAGCCACGCACAACAGCUCGCGGAUAUCUGGCAAACUUCAUGGGACCAGUCUAGUUUGUUGAAAUCCGUGAAACCAAGCUCCCCAAUCAAUUUUGCUACACCAAUCCUUGUUGGCAGCGCGAAUAUUACCAUUGAUGACACCAAGGUGUAUCAGCCGGUGUUGGGAUUCGGAGGUUCUCUCACGGACUCCUCUGCAUCACUUUUCAAUGACUUAAAGAUAAAGAACUCUGCGAGCUACUGGAACCUGCUCAACUAUCUGUUCUCCCCGGUCAAUGGCGCUGGAUUGAGCUACCUUCGUGUACCACUGGGAGCCACUGACUUUUCUGCCAAAGCCUAUACCUUUGACGAGUCCGUUAAUGAUACUUGUUUGUGGAAUUUUGAUAUCAACAACGCCCCCGCCUAUCUUUUCUCUACCCUCAACGACAUCCAGACCGUUAAUAGUAUGAUUCGAGUUCACGUCUUGCCAUGGUCACCUCCUGCGUGGAUGAAAGAUGGUGGAACACUAAACGGCGGAUCACUUCAAUCGAGUUUGGUGGAUGUCUAUGCAACGUAUCUCCUCAAAUGCCUUCAAGGGUUUAAAAGCAAAGGCAUCACUGCAUACGCAAUUUCUGUCCAAAAUGAGCCUCAGAACGUCAACCCAACUUUCCCCACAGCAAAGCUAACGCCUGUAAUGGAGGGACAAAUUGGCACGAAGCUGAGGACGUUGAUGAAUAGCAAUGGUUUCCCCAAAACCAAGUUGAUUGGCUACGAGCACAACUGGGACACGGCAUCUACUUACCCAGUCCAAUUGAUGCAAGCGGCUGGUGCUGCUUUUGAUGGGGUGGCCUUUCAUUGUUAUGGGGGAUCUGUAGAUCAACAGGACACGUUCAACAAGUUGUUCCCAAACAAAGAAAUCUAUAUGACGCAAUGCACGGGCACAAUUGGGACGAACUGGUGGGGCGACCUGAAGGUGGAAGAUUUCCUUCUAUUCUUCGUCUUGACGCUUAUAUGGGUGCAAGGCUCCGUAACACGUAAUGCACAAGCAGCGCUCAUGUGGAAUCUUGCUUUGGAUGGUACAGGAUCUCCCAAGCUUCCGGGAACGAACAACUGUGGAGCGUCUGGCUGCAGGGGUAUCGUGCAAAUCAAUUCAGAUGGAACCUACAAAGUAAAUCAGGAGUUCUACGCUAUGGCUCACGCUUCCAAGGCUAUUAUCGCACUUGAUGUUGGUGGUCCCAGUGCGAAGCGGAUUGGGGUAACCAUAGGCGGCAACAUGAAUUGGGCCCUUGUCGCUGGGGCAUAUGUUACUGGCCGAGCGAAACCCUCUGACCCCUUUCGGUAUUCCAUCGUGGUUUUGAAUUGUAAGCAUGCACACCAACAUCGUAUCGCUUUGCAGCCAUUGACCCUCAGCCAAGGGAACAACAAUGUGGCGGCCUGCCAGCCGGCAUCUAUACAAGCGACGAUCCACUUCCGAGGAAAACAGGCGAUAUACACAUUCCCUGUUGGAGUAACAACACUUUCUUGGUACUCCGCAACGGGAACGGCUUUAACGGGCAGGGAGGGGGAGGUCAUGUAUGCCAAAACAGAGGCCGCCCAGCAAACCCUCUAUUUUAACAAGUGA